AUGCCAGUCGUUCCUCGUAUACAAGCGUGCGACUGCAAAUGUACGAGGCCAUACAACUACGAACGACGAGCAUCUUCACAAGUCAUGUUCGGCACACUGUACGGCACUGACGAGGUACUGGCAAGACCGUUCAGAACCGCAUCAGACACUGAAGAAAAAAAGCUGGCGCGAAAAGAGGAGCCGUAUAGCCCGACCGCUGACGCCGUUGACCGCGCCGGUUGCCGCGCCGGUCGGGUCGGUGUGCUGAGCGAACGAAGCAGACAUGGGGAGAAGAGUGGAGAGCGGAGCGGUGGAGGCGGUGGGAUGGUCGCAGAAAGAAAUUAG